GGAGAACGUGGUCUGAAGGGCACGGAAGGGGACAAGGGGGACAAGGGGGAGCAAGGCAUGCCUGGAGAGAAGGGGGCGAGGGGCGAGCAAGGCGAGAAGGGCUCCACAGGCUUCCCGGGGGCACGCGGCCCCGGCGGGCAGAAGGGCCAGCCCGGCCGCGAUGGGAUCCCUGGAGCCCGGGGAGAGAAGGGGGACAUGGGACCCCUGGGCAUGCGUGGCCCCAAGGGUGACCGGGGCAUGAAAGGCGCCUGUGGCAUCGAUGGGGACAAGGGUGAGAAGGGAGAGCCGGGGAUCCCGGGGCGCUCGGGGCUGCCGGGGAGGAAAGGCGAGCCGGGUGACCGGGGAUUCGACGGGCAGCAGGGAGCCAAAGGAGACCAGGGGGAGAAAGGAGACCGGGGUGCCCCGGGCAUUAUCGGUGGCCCCGGUCCCCGGGGUAGCGACGGUGCUCCUGGCCCCCCUGGGCCCCCAGGGAGCAUUGGCCCACGAGGUCCCGAGGGCAUGCAGGGCCAGAAGGUGA